AUGAGAAAAGGCCUUCAAGCCAAGAACAAAUUGUGCAAUUUAUCUUGGGGAAGUCGUCUCUUCACGCGUACAUUUUCUUCUCCUGGCUGGAGGCAGUUGGACAUCGCUGUUGUCGGCGGCGGGAUAGGAGGAAUGUCCGCGGCGACAGCUCUGCGCCGUGCCGGCCACAAGGUAUCUAUUUAUGAACGUGUCGACUUUAUCGGUCAGGUCGGGGCUUCUAUUUCGUGUGCCGCAAACGGUACGCGCUGGUUGCACGAAUGGGGAGUAGAUAUCGCUAAAGGUGACGGGGUAAUUCUACAAAGGCUCAUCAGCCGCGAUUGGACGACGGGGAAGAUCAUGACUGAGUACGAGCUAGAUGAUUAUGAGGAACGAUGGGGAUAUGUGUACUACAUGUUUCAGCGGCAGUGUAUGCACAGCAUGCUGAAGGAUUCAGCAUUAGGGGACGGGGAGGGGAUGCCGGCAAAAGUAUUCUUAAAUCACAAGUGCAAGAACAUCGAUGUCAACACCGGUUUGAUUGAGUUUGAGAACGGACGGUCGGUCAACCAUGAUGUCAUUGUCGGCGCGGAUGGCAUCGGAUCUGCCGUUCGUGGUGUUCUCGGUAUUUGGCCUGAGAAGCGACCUGCUGAGUCUAGCUGCCUACAUGCAAAUGUUGUUACUGAAGAGGCGAUCGCCAAUGGUCUUCCUGACUUCUCACAAGAUAACGCCCUGCAGUUCUGGGGUGGUCACGGGGAGAUCUGGGACAAAAUUGUUCUCUCUCCAUGCCGAGGAGGGAAGCUGCUGUCAUACUAUUGCUUCUUCCCGAGGGAGAAAGGAAACUACGUGGAUCAUUCCUGGGGGAAGCUGACCGCCCAGUGGAAGAGUUGCUUGGGCUGUAUCCUCAGCUCGAUGCGCAAGUCCGCGGGCAUCUGGCUUUUGGGAAGGAAAUUCAGCCAUGGCGUUUAUGGAUGCAGUGAUGCAGCUCACCCAAUGAUGCCUCACCAAAGCCAGGCCGCCUGUAUGGCAAUCGAAGACGCAGCGGCCUUGGGCAUUGUUUUUAGCAAAAAGUUCUUCACGGGAGAUAUAUUUGAGUCUCUGUCUGUCUAUGAGUCUGUCCGUUUGCCCAGAGCCACCAAGGUUCAGGCAGCAGCGGCGCGAGCCUCGCAAAAUAUCAACGAGCGGAUCGGGUUCUCUAGCAAUACUGAGAGUCCAAUUUACGUAGUGAAGAGCGAGCAGGGGAAGUUGACAAUUGAAGAGAUGAAUGCGUGA